AAAAAAUUAACCUUUUUAGGAGAACGUUUUAAUAAAUUCCCCCAAAAUCCCCAACUCGCCGCUCCUCUGCCGCCUCUGUAGCUCCCAAACGCCACUUACAAUCAGGAACAUAGGAUAUGAUGAUGGAUGCUCAAAUGCAAGAAGCAUUAUCCCCUCCUCAAGUGAAAGCCACACUCCGCCUUGGAUCAGAAACAUACUCUGUUGAGGUUUGUAAAGGGAUUCUUUCUGAGCAAUUGAUCUCUAUGAAAGAGCAAAGCAUGACUAUACUGAAGGACUACAUUACCAAGCAUAAUGUUCCAAAUGAGGUCCCUGAUGUACCAGAAGAAUUUUCUUCAGAAGAUGAUGGUGAAAUUCCUGAGCAGCCCUCUGUAAAAUCCAAGAAGCGCAAUUGAAAAAGAUGUGGAAUUAAUUGCCAGUUGCCAUAACUUGAGAUAAGCGGAACUGUUUUAAUAGUUUAUGAGAGUGAGAUGUGAAUGCUUGGGGAACUUAUGGACAAUAUUUCGUUCGAAUGGAGUGUAACAUAGGCCCUUUUUUUUGUUAGAACUUGUAAUAUUUUGAAGAAUGUAUUCUUACUUCAUAUCUGUCUUUUUAAAUGAUUGAUCAAAAGUGAUUACUA